GGCAAUCUUUAAAACUCUCAAUACAUCUUCUUCAUUUCACGUUCGACUCUCCUACCAUUAGGUACAUAACUUAUCAUUAACAUCGCAUCAAAUAUUUUAGUGACCAUUCCAAAGAUGUUCUUACAAAUCCUUCACCUCGCCCAAGCCGCCCUGGCAAUCUACGGCGGCAGGCAAUCCUACAUCGCCAUCAUCAACCUCCAAAAAUACGAAAAUGCAACUAAACACUUAGCCAAGGUCUCCACCGAGGCCGAACUCCAGCGUCAGAAGACGUACGCCACGCAAGCUACCGGCGUCGUCACGCUGUUAUUCUCAUUCUUCAUGUCGGUACUCCUCGCCCGUCGGGGUUCGAUAUACGGCGUCUUACCCCGCUACUUAGCCCCGGUUACGGUAGUCGUCGCUGUCUACUUUGCGAGAGAACAUAUCCGGGGCUACUGGGCCGGGAAGACCCCUGGGAUCGAGGGCAGUGUGCCGGGAUUGGGUGAUUACGAAGAGGCGGAGAUACGAACGCAGAAGCUCUUGAGUGUGUUGGAUCUUGUAAUGUUUAGUUGGAUUGCUACGUUUGUCGUGGCUGUAUUUAUAGGGUAUUAAAUGUCAUUGGAGGUCCUUAGUCUUGGAUGUAGGUAUGAAGAUAUGUCACAUAAAAACUGGUGUACUAGUUGAAAGAAGAUAUAAGACACCAAAAGGCGUACUUAUUAGAGUCAUAAGCAAUAAAUGAUACCAAUACA